CCCAGAAGAAAUCAUGUUUAUCUGGCGUCGUCCAAAAGCAACGUCUGCAGUGUUAUUUCUCGUCAAUCGCUAUGUCGCCGUGCUCGGCAAUAUCCUUGUCCUAAUGAGCACUUUCCUACCCGUUUCAACUGAGAGGUUUCAACUUUGCUUCAAUAUUUACCAUUUUACUCAUCGAAGACUUAGCUGUUGGAAAUAUGUGAUGGUCGUGCAUGUGUUACGUGUUUUCCAACAAGUCUUCACUUGCUUCACAUUGACUCUUCGCACUUGUGCUCUCUAUGGGUACCGCAGGCGCCUGCUUAUAUGGAUGGGGAUUAUCGGCUUUACUCUUGUGGCAGGAGUGAUCUUAGCGAGAGCUUACAGUUAUAUCUCGGUAAAUAGUGCGAUCGGCGGCGGCGGCUGCUAUGAAACAUACCCAACAACAUCAUCUAUCCAUUCUGGGAUCGCUUGGAUAAUGAUGUUUAUCUAUGAAUUACUCAUUUUUAUCCUCACAGUCUUCAGGACUUGGAAAACUAGGGGAUUGCCGCGGUUCUCCCUCAUAUCCAGGAGAGAUAUCCUUGAUGUCAUAUUCCACGAUGGUGUAAUGUACUUUGCAGGGGUGACAUUAGUCAAUUUACCCAACAUUCUGACGUACUUCUGUGGUCCAGUGAGCACAUCCGCAUGGUUUCACCAGGUUGACUAUUUCCUAACGAUUUGCAAGGAUAUCAUCAGAGGCUGCCUGGGUCCAUUUACUACUUGCAUGUCUGCCACUCUCAUCUCUCGCCUGAUGCUCAACCUGCACGGGUGUGUUGACACUGGCAUCUUUUCUACCCCUGCCGAGAUCAGCCCCGAUAUUCUUACCACCAGGGUCGACGUAGAGUUUACGGUUUCCUCAGACCGUUGGUAGGCUGGUACUGGAUUCCGUUUAUGGAUGCGAAGUGUCGUUGGAAGUUAAGAAGUGUUCUUUGAGUCUUUUUCUUGAACGCAGCAUGGUAUGCGGGCUCGAUAUCUAUGUAGAAACGGCUCAUUUACUGUGUGUAGUGACUUGUUACCAUUCCGAAGUAGAUUGGUUCCCAACAGGGUCGAGUCCCUGAACAUGUCAAAUUGAUUACUGAUCACUGGCUA